AUGAAAAUAGUUGAGAAAAUAAACGAAUCAAAAGAUAAUAAAACACCUUUCUUUAGUUUAGAAUUCUUUCCUCCGAAGACUGACCAGGGUUUCGUUAACCUCAAGAGUCGUUUGCAGAGAUUAUCACUUCUCAAACCUGGCUUCGUCUCUGUAACUUGGGGUGCAGGUGGUAGUACAGACGAGCGGUCACUCGAGUUGGCAGCAGUAGCACGUGAUUUAGGUUUAGAUGUACUUUUACACCUCACUUGCACGAAUAUGGAAAAGUCACGCCUCAGUUGGGCACUCGAUAAAGCCAAAGAACUCGGUAUCGAUAACAUUCUCGCAUUGAGAGGUGAUCCACCACGUGGACAUGAGUAUUGGGUUGAGAGUGACAAAAACCUUAGUCAUUCUUCAGAUCUUGUCAAGUUUAUUAGGGAUAAUUAUGCUGAUAACUUCUGCAUUGGUGUAGGAGCUUACCCAGAAUCUCAUAAAGAUUCAUCAGAUGCAGCACAAGAUUUAAAAUACCUCAAAUUAAAACAGGAUUUAGGCGCUGAUUUCGUUAUCACUCAACUCUUUUAUGACUCAGAUGCUUACCUCAAUUGGUUAGAUAAAUGUCUCGAUAUUGGUAUUAAGAUUCCUAUCAUUCCUGGUAUUAUGCCUAUACAGAAUGUACCUAGUCUUCGUAGAUUAGCUAACCUCUGCGGCGCACAUAUUCCAUCAGUGAUAUCUGAUCAUUUGGAACCAAUAAAGAACGAUGAUGCUCUUGUCAAGGAUUAUGGUGUCGAACUCUCAACCUCGAUGGUUCGUCAACUAAUCGAUAAAACUAACAGUCAGAAAGAAAAAUAUGGCAAUCUCGCUAUUUCUGCUGCUCAUUUCUGUACUCUGAAUUUGGAAAAGAGUGUGAGAAGAAUCUUAGCAAACUUGGACUGGUCUAGUGGACUUGACGCUUCCAGCCUUGAACCAAAUGGUUUGACACACAAUACGACGACAGGUGCCGUAGAACCUGCUCGCCUUGGUAACAGAUUGGUAGCAGAGAAUGGUAUCUCCCAUGGCCAUACAGCCGAUGGACCACCACCACUCAGCAUAACUGCUCAUGAAGCAGCUGUCAGAGCCUUACAUGCCCUCAAACAUCACCCUCCUUCAGAAGAUUCCGGUUUACCUUCAUCGAAUAAGACAUCCUCAGGUGGUAACAGUCUUUGGGAUGAAUUCCCUAACGGUCGUUAUGGUGAUAUAAGAUCACCAGCUUAUGGUGAACUAGAUGGUUGGGGUGCCUCACUCAAACUUUCAUCACAAAAUGCUCUCAAACAAUGGGGAUACCCAGUUGAAGUUUCAGACAUUAACGAAAUCUUUAAGAAAUAUAUCAACGGUCAAGUAGCAAGUUUACCAUGGUUUGAAGAGAAUUUAGAUCCUGAAUCUAAUUCUAUAAAGGAUUAUUUGUUUAGAUUAGCUGAGAAAGGUUGGUGGACUGUUGGUUCUCAACCUGCAGUUGACGCCGUUGAAUCUUCUGAUCAAAUAUUCGGUUUUGGUCCAAAGAAUGGAUGGAUUUUCCAAAAAGCGUUCGUUGAAUUCUGGGUUCCUGAGCAUGAACUUGAGGGAUUGUGUAAAAGAUUAGAUGGUUGGAAAGAUGGGGGUUACUACGCAGGUAAUGCGAAGGGAGAAAUGAAGACCAAUUUCUACGAAGAUACCAUUAAUGCCGUCACUUGGGGUAUUUUCCCAGGACAAGAGGUUGUACAGACUACCAUCAUCGAAGAUGUAUCCUUUAAUGCUUGGAGGGAAGAAGCAUUCGAAAUUUGGCUCGAAUGGUCAAUGCUCUAUAGUCCGAAGAGUGCAUCACAACAGCUGAUGAAGAAUGUCCACGAUAAUUACUGGUUAGUUAGUGUUGUGCAUCAUGAUUACAAGGAUACAAAUGGAUUAUGGGAAUUUUUGCUAUCAUAAGAAUUAAAAUGUAACAAUAAAUAGAACAAAUUUUGGAUUAAAUUAUGCAGGUAUGCAGAUAAUGAUCUUGAUUAAUUAAUUACUGUAUUGGCUUUCAAUUAUUUCUCCAACUAUCAAAGCUGAUUUAGGUUCUAUAUCUUGUGCUAUUGCAAAAUGCUUAGCUGCACCGGCAGCAUUGCCGAGUUGUCUGUAUACGCGACCAAGAAGGAGGUGCACAUUGAC